AUGGCUACGAACGGUACGGGGAUGAGGCCCGGCGAAACCAGCACGGCGAGUGUGGACCAGACAAUGGAUGACACGGAUUCGUCAGAUUACAUGGAUAUGUGGAUUGACUUGUUUCUUGGGAGGAAGGGGAACGAGUACUUCUGCGACAUAGAUCCGGAUUACAUUACAGAUCGGUUCAACCUGAUCAAUCUCCAGAAAACCGUUUCCAAGUUUACGCAGGUUAUCCAAUACAUCGUUGACGAGCUCGAUGACAACACACUGAUGAACAUGUCCCCCACGCGGGCAAAACAACUGGACAUGGAUGCAGCCAAGUUCUACGGGUUAGUCCAUGCACGCUACAUUAUCACGAUCAAGGGGUUACAGAAAAUGCUGGCCAAGUACAAGGACGCUGAUUUCGGUAGAUGCCCCAGAGUAUACUGCAAUUUCCAACCUCUUUUGCCCGUUGGACUGCACGACGUCCCUGGGAUGGACUGUGUGAAGUUGUACUGUCCAAGCUGUGAGGAUCUGUACAUCCCAAAAUCAACAAGACACAGCUCUAUAGACGGUGCCUAUUUUGGCACGUCAUUCCCGGGGAUGUUUCUACAAGCGUUCCCAGAUAUCGUACCAAAGCACCCAACAAAAAGAUACGUCCCCAAGAUAUUCGGAUUUGAAUUGCAUAAACAGGCUCAACUGGCCCGCUGGCAGGAGUUGCAGCGCUUGAAACUAGAGAAGAAACUGAAGGGGCUCAGCAUCGACCUAAGCAAAUCAGGAGGCUACAAAUAA